GGCGGCGGAUGGGAAACAUAGGAGUUUGAGACCCACGGAACACUAAAACGAGUCAGUCACAGCCUAAGGUAAACGCCGAAAUUUUUCUCGUUUCAAGCAUACCUUUCUCGGCCUUUUGGCUAAGAUCAAGUGUAGUAUCUGUUCUUAUCAGUUUAAUAUCUGAUACGUGGUCCAUCGGACCACAUGAUAUUAAAUUAAUUUCUUUCGGGGGCAGGUGCCAAUGGCUAGCUUGCUGGUCGGCCCUGUGCGCGUCGCCUCGGUAUUGCACUAUCUCCGAGGAAGGCGCACCCCUCCCCCAACGGGGUCUAAUUAAGAAACUUGAAAUGGGAUUAGGGAGUUAACACACAAUUCUUGCUAAAGAGCGAAAUGAUAAUACACCCAACACAUCGUUUCCCCCUAGUUGCGACUCAUCUGCUCUGUACACGGCGGCAUCUUACCUCUUCCUAACAGCUGUCACGUUUGUGUCUGUGCGCGCGACCGAUCCGCCUCGCCAUGCUAGUCGCUGUUAGUCGCUGUUAGUCGCCGCUGGUCGCCGCUGGUCGCCGCUAGUCCGCUGCCCGUUUGCCAGUGGAAGCACGCUGAUGGUGGCUCGCGCGCUCCCCGCAGCUCGCGGCGAUCGCGGUGGCGCCUCUGGCGCGUUCGUGAGCACUCAGGCGCUGCUGGCCUUCGCGCUCUCGCUGCUGCUGCUGCGGUCGUACAACAGCCGCCGAGCCGUGCGAGGCGAGCCAUGGCUGGCCGUCUUCCCCUGGGGCUGCGCGCUGCAGGGCACAGAGGGGGGCGUUGCAGGGCGCCUGGUGGUGGGGCGAGGUGGGGGGGCGGCUGUGGAGGAGGGUGCGGUGGGGGGAGGAGGCAGCGAGGAUGAUGGGGUGGAUGGAGGCGGGGAUAGUAGCGGUGGCGGGGACGCCACAGAGGCCAGUGAUACCCGGCAAGUACCAGCUGUUGCUGCUGCUGCUGUUACUGGUGAUGCCUUGGCUGCCACUACUGUUGCCAUGGAAGAGGGUGGCGUUUCGGGAAAUACCAGGACUUCAGAUGGCGCAAUCCCAGCCGUUGGAGCUUCACAACCCACAAUCGCAGCCGCUGGGGCAUCAGCUGACAUCGCCAACGCGCUUUUGGGCAGAAACGCGUCCACUGGCCCAUCAGAGUCAGAGCCCAAACGUGCCCCAACCGACCAAUCAGCAUGCGACAGCGCGGUGGCAGAGGAGGACGUGAGGCGGGGGCGGGAGGAGGAGCAGGCGGCGUUUGGGCGGGUGGAGGUGGAAGUGGGGCGAGGGGGUGUGGGCGAGGCGAGGGUGAAUGAAGAGACGUGCUUCAAUGUGCGAGCACUGGAUGUGAAUGGAAGGGCUUUCGACGACGCAUGCAGGCAGCGUGCUUUUCUGGUGGCCUUCAUUGCGGGCGGCAGCAGCAGCAGCAGCAGCAGCAGCAGCGACAGCAGCAGCAGUGGGAGCGGCGGGGAGGAGGCAUUCCUGGGCGGCAUUGUGCCGUCGCAAGGCAGUGUGCGGUUGACAGAGGCUCACAUCCCACAAAGCCCAGAGGAGAGAGCAGCGCGGAUACGAGAGAUGGAGGAAGCAGGGGAGCGGGAGGAGGAGGGGCGUGCAGACAUACGCAUGGCACCUCGUGUGACCUACCACCCGACUAAUUCCUCGCACCGGGUGUGCUUCCACCUGCCCCUGCCCGGGCGCUACGGCCUCUCCCUGCACCUCCUCUUCUCCUCCACCUUCCGCCUGCUGCGCUCCAACGCGCGGGGCAGCAAUGAUGGGGGGUUCAACAACUACACCAUCGUGCACUCUCAAACCAUCCACGCAUCUGCCGCGCCCAACUACUCUCUUCAAGAGCACAGAAAAUCCCUCCCUCUCUGCACACCUUCUCUCCUCGCCGCCUCCCACCACGCCGGCUUCUGGGCGAGCCAGCUCUGGCGCCCCCAUGCGUGCCGCCUGCACCGCCUCUCCCCGCCUGCCAUCGCCCGCUGCUUCCACGCCCGCUCCGUGCUGCUGCUGGGGGACUCGCAGGUGCGCUACACCUUUGGCUUCCUCCGCUUCUUCCUGCGCUUCCCCUCCAGAGAGGCCUUUCUCAGGAAGCUCGCUGUCAACCCCACGAUGUUCUGGCCCAACAUGAUGGCCUGUGGCACCGUGCCACGUGGCAACGGGUCCGUCUACCCGCCAGUGAACAGCAGCACGGGCGCGCUCAUCUCCACGGGCGUGUGCCCCCAGCGCGGCUCCUCCUUCUUCUACCACGGGGAGAGUUUCAACGGCUUCGGCCGCGCCGUAUACAACCUGAGCACGCCAGGAGCAGCCCAUUCCCCGAGCGCAUUUAACCUGACGUACGUGUCGCAGUGCGGCGCCAGGAAGCCCGUCUUCCCCGCGUGGAUGAGCGACCCCGCCCUCGUGGGCGCAGGCCUCACUCUUUUUGACGGCCAGGCGGGGACAGGCAUGGAUGAUGGCACCGCUGCUCGCAGCGCUGGUGGCAGCGCUGAUGGCAGCGCUGAUGGCAGCGCUGGUGGCAGCGCUGGUGGCGGUGAUGGCAGCAAUGGCAAGGAGAGCAGCUUGAAUGGGAGCAGCAGCAGAGAGGGCGGGCGGCGGGUGUUUGACUUGGCCCUGGUGGGCACCACGCUGCACGACCUCAUUCAGCAGCCCAGCGCCAAGGACUUCGCUGCUCUCAUGGACUCCCACUUGCUCCCUGCGCUGCGAUCAACCAUGAAGGACCCCUCUGCAGUCACGGUCUUGGGUCCGUGGGCGGCGCGCGAGGACAGCAAGCCGCGGGACUUCGUGCCGGUCAGCAACAACGCCCGCGGACUGGCGUUCGAACACGAGCUGCUCAGGCGACUGCCCUCCACAGACCCCGGUGCUCCGAGUGCGCUUGGCAUGCUGCCGUUGACGGUGCCGCGGCCCGACCUGUGUCCCGACAGCACGCACUACUCGUGGCCGGUCACCCUCGCCAUGCUUGACCUCUGGCUCACCCCCUUAUGUGCGCCGGACACUUGACAUGGUUUUACUACUUGGGUUAUUCACAAAUACAAGCUUCAUUGACACCAGAUCAGAUCUUCGCCCGAUGGAAGCCACUCCCCAUGGCCCGUCAUUCAGGCUAUUUCACCGUCUGACUCAUAUUUCUCAUUCCAUCGUUCGCAAUCCAAGGCUGCAUGUCCGAGGGCUUGAAGUGGGGCGCAAGCUUGAGAGGCGUGAUCAACACUCAAGAUGUGUCUGUCCACUCUGUUAAGUAACGGGCCGGCUAAACCUUCAGCCCUACUUCUGCCCUGUUUAAUAGUCAUUGCUGAUUCUUUGUUCUUGGUGUAGUAAUUCUUUUCAAUAAAGGGCUUCUCUUGGU